ACCUUCUUCUUCUCUCUCUACACCAUUUUCUUCCCCUCCAAUCACUAACCCUAAAAUGAGCCAAAUUCAAAUCCAAAGAUAAUUCUACCAGUAAUAAAGAAUCUACAUUUUAUACCUCUGUAGAUCUUUAAACAAUUCCCAUUCAGUAGCAUGGUAUGGCGAGUACAUCAAUUCAAAGCAACGAGUUAUGCAAAAACGAUGGAAAUGGCUGGGAAGUUGAAAUGUCUGAUGACUGUGAACUUAUAAAAGAUGAGAUUUUAGAUACUUCAAAUCCAUCUUCUUAUGGAAAUAAUGACGACGAUACGCUUGAAUUGCCAAUUGAAGCAACAGAAUCUAAUGCGGAACCGUGUAUCUGAAUGGAAUUUGAAACAUCAGAGGAUGCUAGGGAGUUUUAUGAUAAGUAUAGUGUUCGUAUGGGUUUUACGAUACGGAAUACUCGUAUACGUCGUUCGCACAAAGAUAACUCGGUUAUAGGUAGGGAAUUUGUUUGUUCAAGAGAAGGUUUUCGUGCUAAAAAACAUUUGAAUAGGGAAAAUAGAAUUCUUCCACCAAGGCCAAUUACUAGAGAAGGAUGCAAUGCAAUGCUGAGAGUAGCUGUGAAAAAUGGAAGCAAAUGGGUUGUUUCUGGUUUUGUUAAAGACCACAAUCAUGACUUAAAUCCUACCAAAGUGCCGCCGAGGCGGUUGCAUAGAAGUGUGUUCACUGAGGAUGAUAAGGAUAAAAAGAUCAGGGAAUUGUCAACAGAAUUGCAGCGUGAGAGAAGACGAUGCGCAUCUUAUCAAGAACAACUCCAUCUGAUUCUCAAAGAUAUUGAGGAACACACUCAGCACCUUUCGUUAGCAGUUGAGAGCAUAGUUACUAAUGUGACAGAACUGGAGUCCGAUGAGUUAGAUUGUUCACAAGGCAAUAAUCAGAUAAUAAAGUAGUACUUUCUGCUCACGUAUAUCUGGGAUCAUUAUACAGGUCUACCCUGAGUCAUCUGAGAUCACUUCAUGUACGGCUACAGUGUCU